GUGAGGGAAGGCCGGGCAGGGCUGGGCCCAGAUGGUUCCUGUUGAGGAAACAGUGGGCACAGCUGCAGGCUGCUCCCGGCCGGGCCGCGCUAUCGCAGUGACACAGCUGGCUGCCUCGCCGGCUGCGGGAGGCCUCCCCCGCCCCGGCACCUCCCCUAGCCCGCCCCGCAUCACAUGAGCCCCUGCGGCCGCCCGCCCCUUCCCCAGGCUGUCGGGCAGCAGGCGGCUGGAAGGCCCAGAGCUGUUUGCGGGACGGAGGCCUCCGGCUCAGAGAAACUCAGGCCGUCCGAGGCCCCUCAUCGUCCCCUCACAGCCCCACGAGGUUGGGAAAGACCCCCAGGCCGGCCCCAAGCUGGUGCCGCCGGCUGCCCGCCUCCCACGGCAGCAGGACUCAGUCUCCCGGACCCGGCUCCGGCCCCAUGUCCCAGGGGUCCCCCGUGCUGGAGAGGGGGCUCCUGGGGUCCACCAGCGGCCCAGCGCCCCGGGGUCCCAGGAAGAGCGGCCCAGCAGCACCCACGGCGGACAGGAGGGAGAAGGCCGCAGCCAUGCCCGACUCCCCGGCCGAGCUGAAGACGCAGCCCCGGGCCACGCCCCCCAGCAUGCCACCCCCGCCACCAGCCGCGUCCCAGGGGGCCGCACGACACCCCUCCUUCACGCCCCACACAAAUCCAGAGGACGGGCCUGCGAUGUCUCUGCCUCAGGGCCGUUUUCAUGGCUGCUUAAAAUGGUCCAUGGUCUGUCUUUUGAUGAACGGCGGCAGCCACUCGCCGACAGCCAUCAACGGUGCCCCGUCCGGCUUCAGCAAUGGCCCGGCCACCUCCUCCACGGCCUCGCUGUCCACGCAGCAGCUGCCCCCGGCGUGCGGGGCGCGGCAGCUCAGCAAACUGAAGCGCUUCCUGGCCACCCUGCAGCAGUUCGGCAGCGACAUCUCGCCGGAGAUCGGGGAGCGCGUGCGCACGCUGGUGCUGGGGCUCGUGAACUCCACGCUGACCAUUGAGGAGUUCCAUUCCAAGCUCCAGGAGGCCACCAACUUCCCGCUGCGGCCCUUCGUCAUCCCCUUCCUGAAGGCUAACCUGCCCCUCCUGCAGCGGGAACUCCUGCACUGCGCCCGCCUGGCCAAGCAGACCCCUGCCCAAUACCUGGCCCAGCAUGAGCAGCUCCUGCUGGAUGCCAACGCCUCCUCCCCCAUCGACUCCUCAGAGCUCCUGCUGGACGUCAAUGACAACGGCAAGAGGAGAACACCUGACAGGACCAAAGAGAAUGGGUCAGACCGUGACCCCCUGCACCCCGACCACCUCGGCAAACGGCCCUGCACCCUGAGCCCCGCCCAGCGCUACAGCCCCAGCAACGGGCUGCCGCACCCCGCGCCCCCUCCGCACUACCGCCUGGAGGACAUGGCCAUGGCCCACCACUUCCGAGACGCCUACCGCCACCUCGACCCCCGGGAGCUGCGGGAGCGCCAUCGACAGCUGGCAGUGCACGGGUCGCGGCCUGAGGAAGUGAUUGACCACAGGCUCACCGAGCGCGAGUGGGCGGAGGAGUGGAAACACCUCAACAACCUCCUGAACUGCAUCAUGGACAUGGCCGAGAAGACGCGCCGGUCCCUCACCGUGCUGCGCCGCUGCCAGGAGGCCGACCGCGAGGAGCUCAACCACUGGAUCCGGCGCUACAGUGAUGCCGAGGAUGCCAAGAAGGGCCCCUCGCCCACUGCCCGGCCCCUCAGCAGCUCUGCUGGCACAGACGGGUCUCAGCUAGACCUCCACCGGGAGUUCAUGCCUCGGACCCUGUCCGGCUACAUGCCCGAGGAGAUCUGGAGAAAGGCUGAGGAGGCUGUGAACGAGGUGAAACGGCAGGCAAUGUCCGAGCUGCAGAAAGCCGUGUCGGAUGCUGAGCGCAAAGCCCACGAGCUCAUCAGCACGGAGCGGGCCAAGAUGGAGCGGGCCCUGGCUGAAGCCCGGCGGCAGGCCUCCGAGGACGCCCUCAGCGUGGUCAACCAGCAGGAGGACUCCAGCGAGAGCUGCUGGAACUGCGGGCGCAAGGCCAGCGAGACGUGCAGUGGCUGCAACGCGGCCCGCUACUGCGGCUCCUUCUGCCAGCACAAGGACUGGGAGAAGCACCACCACGUGUGCGGCCAGAGCCUGCAAGGCCCCGCGGCCGCCACUGACCCAGGGCCAGGACAGCCCGACGCCGCCGGCCUGGGCUCCUGCCUGCCCCCGGCCGCCGCCGCCAGCCCCAGCGAGGCGGGCUCCACGGGGCCCUCCCGCCCCGGGUCCCCUGGGCCGCCCGGCCCGCUGGACGCCGCGCCCCGCUGACCCACCCGUCCCGGUGCCCGGCCCUCGGCCGCCGCCCAGCCCUGGGAGCCGACCGACCGUCGGAGUCACUGCUGCUACUGCUUCUCUCCAGGAGAAAACCGAACCAACGAAACUGCAUCAACGCAACUUCCUCAGCUCUCAGCUACCUGAGAUCACGCAGCGACCUCUUCUCGCAUCUCAGAAACCUCCCACCAAGCUUUAGCCCGCGGGCAUGGCGGGCAUCACUCCAGGCCCGCCCCCUUCUCUCUCUCUCUCUCUCUCUCCCGUUUUUCUGUCUCUGUGACUCACACACAUUCUCUUCAAUGAAAACGAUCGACUUGUUUGGCGGCUUACAUUUUCAUUGAAGAACUUGGGGGUGGGGGGCCUUGCGGCAGAAGAGCUACUCACAAAUGGACAAAGCAAACGGGGGGGGUUUCCCUUCCCGAUGAAAAAGGAAACUGUUCUUUUAUAACUGGAGAUCUGAGCCACUCUGUCACCGAAACCACCCAGGGCUGUGUGGCCACUGCGGUGAGGACAGAAGAAAGAUUUCAGUUCUUGACUCAAGAGGUAUUUUUGGGGGUUCAGAUUUUUUUUUUUCCUUUAACGUCAAACUCUUUGGCUUUAAGUAGAAAUCCAAAAAGUUUUCUUAAAAAAGAUAAAGGACGCCUACCUGUAAACUACCUUGCCAGCUAGCCAGCCAAGGACGCCGGACACACCUCUGCUCCAAAGGAAAUCCAAAAACAAACACCAGAAGUCCAAACCCAAAAUUUGCCUGUCACUGCCAAAGUGUUUUUUUCCGCUGUCUUUCGUCCACGCGGGGCUUGUUCAGACCUCGGUCUUUUCUCUUGCUUUGAUUCUGAUUGGGGGGUAUGGGGAUGUUGGGGUUUGGGGUGUCUGGCCUCCGCCGGGGACACCCAGGGCGGGCGGCACGGCCCCGGGCACCUGCGUGUGCGCAGGGCGAUCCGUGGCCUGUCCUGCUGCCGUCUGCGAAUUUCCAUCGCUUUGCGUUCUUCCCACUUGCGAACGGAGUGCUCCCGUGUCCUUCCCAGAGAGAAGUCAUUCGAGACAAAACUGUGACAAUCUUUGGGGCUGAUGCUCCCCUGCCCUUCCAAGCGCGAGGAGGCAGCACCUGGGCCUUCAGCUGCUGCUGCUCACGGCUCUCCUCUACCUCCGCACCAGCCUCCCGCAGCCCCGCAGCUCCUGCAGAAGAAGGGACACAACUACCCGCAAAAGCAGUCUGUCCUCCCCGCACCUUGUGGAGACUUGGUCACUGUAUAUAAGCCUGCAUUUCUCUCCACAUGCUCCUCAGGGGAGGGUCUCCCUGAAGCCCCCGACCCCCCGAGCCUGGCCCUGCCCCCAGCACUCAACUACCCCAGGAUCACAAGCAGGAAAUAAAGGAGGAGGAAAGUCUGCCCCUUGCUCAGUGGGAGAACAAACAGCAGACGCGGCCCCUGGUCUGCGUGGGCUCGCGCGGCUGGAAGAAGGUCCCGGGACUGGAGUGCAAUAGUGACCCGCUACUGAAACCCCGGGGCCGGGGCCGGGGCCCUGCCGAGAGGCGGGCCGUCAACAGUAGACCAUACUGUGAAUGUACAUAGUCCCUGCAGAGUCGGAGGAGGAGGACAAAGAGAUGUUUGCCAAAUAAAAAAAAA